UCAUUUGUUUGUUUUACAUCCUUAAUUCAUCCAUACCCCACCUCUUUCUAUUUCUCUCUCUCUCAUUAUGCACUUCAAAUGCACAUAGAAAAUCAACCUUCAAUGUCAUAUCUUCACCAUAAAACAACACACUAGUUAAUCAAUUCACAGUGCCAUGGAAUUUGUAGACAUGUCGAACAAUGAUCCUCCUCAUCACACCACCAAAGAUUUUGUAUCUCCUGCUCUCACCCUCACUCUUGCUGGAAUAUUCCGAGAUAGAAACGAGGAGAUGGAGGAGGUUGAUGACGGAAGUGCAGGUGGCCGGAGAAAAGAGACGACGGUUGAGAUUAGCAGUGAGAAUUCUGUACCCCUGAUGAGGUCACCUUCUCAUAUUGAUCAUGAUUUUAAUGACGAAAAGGAAGUGGACGACCCCAACAACACUAAUAAGAAAAAGAGAAAGAAAUACAACAGACACACUAAGCAACAAAUCAGAGAAAUGGAAGCGUUAUUUAAGGAGUCAUCCCAUCCAGAUGAGAAGCAAAGGCAGCAGCUAUGCAAGCAGUUGGGUCUUGAUCCAAACCAAGUUAAGUUCUGGUUUCAGAAUAGACGAACCCAAUUUAAGGCUAUACAGGAGCGCCAUGAAAAUUCAUUGUUAAAAUCUGAACUAGAUAAACUUCGUGAGGAAAAUAAGACACUAAGGAAGACCAUGAAAAAAAAUAUUCCUUCUUGUCCUAAAUGUCGAUUUGCAAGUUCCAGCAAGAAAGCUGCUGUUUUUCCCACUGAAGAACAACAGCUACAUAUUGAGAAUGCCAGACUUAGGACUGAGGUUGAAAAACUUAAGGCAGCAUCGGGAAAACAUUACCCACAAGGAACAUCACCUGCUAGUAGUUCAGGAGGGAAUUAUGAUCAAGAAAAUACUAGUGCUUUAGAUAUUUACACUGGCAUGUUUGGGCUUGAAAAGUCGCGGAUUAUGGAUAUUGUUGAUCAAGCAAAAGAAGAGCUUACUAAGAUGGCUACUUGUGGAGAGCCACUCUGGAUAAAGAGCUUUGAAACUGGAAGAGAAAUACUUAAUUAUGACGAAUACAUAAAGGAGUUUCCAAUAGCCAAGUCCAGAGGAGGACGGCGUAACAGAAAUAUUCAGGCAUCAAGGGAGACUGGAGUAGUAUUUAUGGAGUUGCCUCGGCUUGUUCAGUGUUUUAUGGAUGUCAAUCAUUGGAAAGAAAUGUUCCCAUACAUAGUAUCAAAAGCAGCCAUAUUAGGCGUGAUAUGCGAUGGUGAAGGUGAUAACUGGGAUGGUGCCGUUCAGUUGAUGUUUGCAGAACUGCAGUUGCUAACACCAGUUGUGGGCACGAGAGAAGUAUACUUUGUCAGAUACUGCAAACAAUUAAGUGAAGAUCAGUGGGCAAUUGUGGACGUUUCUGUUGACAGGUUUGAGAACAGCAUAGACGCUUCUCUUGUGAAAUGUAGAAAAUUACCCUCUGGCUGCAUUCUCCAAGAUCAAUCCAAUGCCCACUGUAAGGUGACCUGGGUGGAGCACUUGGAGUGCCAGCAGAGCACAGUUCAUUCUCUCUACCAUGUAAUUGUCAACAGUGGCCAAGCUUUUGGUGCGAGGCACUGGAUGGCUACACUGCUGCAGCAAUGUGAGCGCCUAGCCUUCUUCGUGGCAACCAAUGUUCCCACAAAAGAUUCAACAGGUGUUGCUACACUUGCUGGGCGAAAAAGCAUACUCAAAUUAGCACAAAGAAUGUCCUGGAGUUUCUUCCGUGCUAUUGGGGCAUCUAGUUAUAACAAAUGGAACAAGAUCAGCAAAACGGGAGAUGACAUUAGGGUGGCAUCUAGGAAGAACUUAACAAAUCCCGGGGAACCUCUUGGCCUGAUCCUCUGUGCAGCUUCAUCUGUUUGGUUGCCCGUCUCUCGCCGUGUACUAUUUGAUUUCUUAAGAGAUGAAACCCGUAGACAUGAGUGGGAUGGAGGUCCAGUGCAGUCCAUUGCAAAUUUAGCAAUGGGUCAGGACAGAGGAAAUGCAGUUACUAUCCAAACUAUGAAACUGAAAGAAGACACGUGGAUCCUUCAAGAUACCUGCACGAAUGCUUAUGAAUCCACAAUCGUCUAUGCCUCUGUCGACAUUCCACACAUGAAAUCUGUCAUGACAGGCCGUGACUCUAGCAAUACUGCAGUGUUACCUUCAGGUUUCUCAAUUCUUUCUGAUGGCCUCGAGUCGAGGCCUUUGGUUAUCACUUCUAUACCAGAGGAAACAUGUACAGAUGGAGGAUCCCUGCUAACAGUUGUUUUUCAAAUUCUAACUAGCAACUCUCCAGCAGCGAAACUCACGGUGGAGUCCGUUGAAUCAGUCAACAAUCUCAUAUCACGUGCAUUGAGAAGGAUCAAGACAAGUUUGCAAUGCGAAGAUGGGUAAUCAUUCUUGUAGGCGGAGUGAUGCUAAUUUCAUCAUACAGAUAUUAUAGUUUUCCUCCUCAAUCCUUUUCAUCUUAAUAGAUACAAGGACUUCAUUGGGUUGGUUUCAACCCCUGUUAGAGUAAUUUUUUGCUCAUUCAGAUAAGGACUUGUCUAGUCUAGCAUAUCUGGACUCUAAUCAGGAUGACAACCAACAAAGAAACUUUAAUAGAAUGCCAAAUUGUAUAAAAACUCCAACUGCCCUUGUGUAUGUAUAAUCUUCUUUCCUCUUGACAUUCUCAUUUUGUGGCAAAACUAAUAAGAUUGCUCAUUUUAAUUGUUUUUUUUUUUUGCUGGUAGUCUAAUGGGUUUCAGAUAUAAAGCUAGAGGGGCAAAGAAGUUUAAUAAAAUAGUAAUAAGUGAGGCACCAAAUAUCUUUUCAUCCAAUCAACUAAAGAGCAAAUAGAGAAUUAUAAGAUGGUCAAGACUGAAGUUACAAGAAAGUAAAAUACUUUGUACAUAAGGAGAGAGAUUACUAUCAACUGUAGAUGCACUUACAUAACAUAAAAUAUAGUUUGCAUUUCAAAAUUGGGCCAUGGAAUAAAUUUCAAGGUACAUUGUAGGAUAGUUUGUUCUUUUGUCAUUUAGGGAGUUCAGGGCUUUGAUUAAAAUCUCACAUGUCAAAGAUUCUUCUAAAACCUUCUAAGUUCCACAGUUUUCAGUUUAGAAGAUGGCAGAGGAGUGCAUAACCUAGCAAAAAGCACAAGGCACAAGCUAGCUUCAUUGGUAUUAUAUCCAUUUCUCACACGACAUAUGCAGAUUCAGUGGCAAGGAUGAUACGACACAAACUGUAUGCAGGAUCACCUGCGUGCAAAGCAACAUUACUAUGCACAGUUUGAUAUCACAAGCUCAUAUUUAUGAUUGCCCAUUGAUACAGCUCUAUGUUGCUCGGACAGUGUUCAAUUUUGGAGAAUCCGACACACACCCGUUGACAUAUUUGAAGAGUCCGAGCAAUAUACAACUUACCUUAAACCUUUUACCAAGAUAUC